AUGACAGAGAUAGAAGAAAUUCACAAUUCAUCUAAUAAAUCAUCUAUAAAAGACUUACCCAAUCAAAAUAGUACUGCAGUAACAUUAUACUCAUUAGAUGAGCUUAAUCUAAUUGAAGAUGAAACUGAAUGUUCAAAUUCGACACUUGCAUCCAUGUUAACAGAGGAAAACCAACUUGAAGCACUAGCAAUGAAAGUACCUCCCAAGAACCUAUGGCAGGCUUCACUACAGUCACACACAAAAAAAAAAGGAAGAGUAAAUCAGCAGUGGACAGCUCUAAGAGGUCAAGCCCUUACUAAAAGAAA